GCCUGGGACAUGUUCGACGAAAUGCCUAAGAGAGAUUUGUGCCUUCAAAAUAUUCUGUUGUAUUAAUGGCUCUCCUAAACUACCAUGGUGAUUUUGAUGUCUCUUUCUUUCUUGUCUGAAAUUUCAGGGUUUUCCCGAGGUUUCGUCUACUUUCUUAGUUAUUAGCUUCUGGAUAUUGGGGAAGUUGGUACAGAGCCGCCAUGGAUGUGGAUUCACAACCAACGAUGGAGGAGACUAUACUGGUCGGUGACGACCUGAUGUUGGGUCCUCCAUCCCCUAUAAUCCCACCAGAAAUUGCUUCUCACGUGUUGGAGGGCGUUGAAUUAUGCGAUGGAAUUUUGAGGAAUCUGUUCCUAUGCUUGCAAAUCAAUGAUAUUGAACCAUUUUGCCAAGAGGAGCUUGCUUUGUAUCGGGAGUGUGCUGAAAAGAGGGAUAAGGUACUGAGACAAAGGCUUCAAGACAGCGAACACAAAUUAGGGUCGUCUAUGCCUCUAGAUCUUGCUAAGGAGAGGACUUCUCAGCUUGAAACUGAAGUCACAUCAUUAGAACGGCGCUUGAUUCUUGCAAGCGGAGUAGAAGGCAUUGACGGAUUUCGCCAAAGAUGGAGUUUGCAUGGCCGACUUACAGAUACCAAGAAAAGAUUGGAGUCUCUGAAGCAGGGAAUAGAGAAUAGGAAAAAGGAUGAAUCUGAUCAGACCCCGAAACCUUCAUCUAGAAAAAGAUGGUUCUUGUGGUGAAAGCUCUGGUCAUUUGUUCCCGAGAGUAAGCUUCUCUCUUGUGGCGAUAUUCGCAAAGGUAACCUUGUUCGUAUAUUGAUGAACUCGAGUGAACUUCAGGAUAAAAACCGAUCUGAAGAUCCAUUUUCCUGAGAAUCUUGUUUGGAUGUCAAAAAUCGACGGAUAGGUAAACCAGAGCCAAACCGGUAUGUAAACCAAGACAAUGCCAUUGGUAAUGCCUUGGUCGGUAAAAUGACUCCCUUUUUUACGGUUUUAAGAUAAUUUUGCUUAAGAAACCCUUAUUAAACUCUUA